AUGUCCUCUUCGCCCGAAAAUGCCGACGUCACCAUGCAGGACCCGAUGCCCGCGACUGUGCACACUCGGGCAUACCAGCAGGAACUUCUGGAGGAGAGUCUACAUCGCAACAUCGUGAUCGCUCUGGACACAGGCUCUGGCAAGACGCACAUCGCAGUGCUACGCAUGAAGCACGAGGCUGAACACGAGCCUCGCAAGGUGUCUUGGUUUAUUGCACCAACUGUUGCGCUUGUGGAGCAGCAGUACCAGGUCAUCAAGACCGCUAUACCGGUGUCGGUCGGUCAAGUCUCCGGUGCCUCAGAACCCAAUCAAUGGAAAGACGCACAUCUAUGGCGUCAGAUUCUGUCUUCACAUAGGAUCAUGGUUACUACUCCCCAAGUUCUACUCGACGCGCUACAUCACGGCUACGUCAUCAUGGGCCUCGACAUCGGGCUUAUAGUGUUCGAUGAGGCCCAUCACGCCAUCGGGAAACACCCGUACAACAUGAUCAUGAAAAAUCACUAUCAUGACCUCCCACGACGCGGUACAAUUCAAGAUCCGAAUUCACUCGUUCGACCGAUGGUACUCGGUUUGACUGCAAGCCCCACCUACGGAAGCAAUGUGGAAGCUGCGUUUCGAGAUCUAGAGAUGAAUUUGGAUUGCACCAUCCGGUCCACGCGUCAUAACCGCGGCGAGCUGGCUCAGUACGUGCACCGGCCGGAGUUCAAGCACUACACCUAUUUGUCGCCCGUGCAUACCUGGGACGGAUGCCCUUCCGUCAAUUAUCAAGCCUUGAAAGCCGUGAUCGAUACGCUCAACAUCGAAGAUGACCCGUACGUCAUAUCGCUGCGGAGUCGACUGACGAAGCUACAGCCCGGGGACGACCGCCGACGAAUCGACCAGCAGCUGUCAAAAGCCAUAGACAAAGAGGACACGUUCACUCACAAGGGGCUGCGGGACUUUGCUCGUGCGGCCGAAGACAUCUGCAUGGACCUAGGAACGUGGGCGGCGGACUGGUAUGUUGCCAAGGUCAUUGAACGCGCGAAGCUCGCUGCAAACCCGUACAACAACAUCAUGUCCAACUGGCAAGAGAAGGAGAAGCGUUACCUCCUCGGCAUUCUGAACCGCGUCGCGGUCGUCCGGCCGUCUUCCGACAUCGAAGUCAUCAUCAACGAGCUCACCCACAAGAUGCGAACCCUGGUUGACCACCUUGUGGAAGAAGAAACCAUCUUUCGCUCAGUAGACGAAGACUACAGCGGCAUCAUCUUCGUCACCCGCCGUGACACCGUCAUCGUCCUCGCCGAGCUCCUCCGUCGGAUUCCAGAAACCGAACAACUCUUCCGCGUGGGCUGUCUGCUUGGCUCGUCCAAUAGUUUCAAGCGCCAUUCGUUCCUGGAUAUCACGCGAAGCAUCAUCGAGGAAAGUCAGGCCGACAUUCUGCGGGACUUCAAGAUCGGCGACAAGAACCUGAUCGUGUCUACGUCCGUCGCUGAAGAAGGCAUCGACAUCCAAGCAUGCGGCAGUGUUGUUCGUUUCGACGUGCCACCCAACGUCGUUUCCUGGGCACAAAGCCGAGGUCGCGCGAGGCGCAGAAGGAGUAGUUUCGUCAUCUUGUUCGAGGAGCUAGGCCCCCAAGACGUGGUUAGAAAGUGGGAAGAUACGGAGAGGCAGCUUAUGGCGGCGUACAACGACCCAUCACGGGCCCUGGAGUCCGUAGAAGAAGAAGUGGAUGGGAUGGAUGGAUACCAGGACUUUGAGGUCGCUUCCACUGGAGCCCUUCUCACCAUCGACUCCGCAAUUCCCCAUUUGAAUCACUUCUGUGCCGUCAUUCCCGCCGGAGGUCAAGACAGCCACGUUCCUUUGUAUGAGCUUGAUCCUCCUGACUAUGUCGAGGGAUGGCACGCCCUUGCACCGAUGGAACGCCAGGUCGAUCCGUAUCUGGGGCCAUGGGGGGCCACGGUGAACCUUCCCAGGGCUCUCCCGGUGCACUUGCGCAAAUUCACCGUCGACCGAAUUUUUAGAACCAAACGUCGUGCACAGCAAAGCGUCGCGUUCAAGGCAUAUGUAGAGCUGUACCGUGCGGGGCUUAUCAACAACCACCUGCUGCCUCUAAGCAGUGUCAUCGAACCGGAGAAGGGGGACGACGUGAAGGCAAUGCUCGCGGAGGUCGCUAAGCGCGAAGGCUUGACGCGCGUCUCCACGCAGCUCGACCCUUGGCGGACAAAGGACUCCACCUCCUGGUUCGCGCAUCGACUAGCUGUCAAAAGCCUCCCAGAGUUGCAGAUUUUUACACGCGAGCCGUUGCCGACGUUCAUUCAGGAACACCUUCCAACAUUGUACAUCCCUGGACGCCGGGAGCUGUCGAUGUCGGUUGUCGCUGUGUCGAGUGAACCGGUCGCGGACGAAGACGUCAAACGCGCACGACAAUGGACGCAAAGGCUCUUCUCGCGAAUCUAUGGCUCUCGCAUGGAGCGCGACAAGGACGACUUCUCAUACCUCUUUCUUCCGGCUCCGAGUUGGCGCGAGGACGACUGGGACGAGCGCCGCUCUUGGCAGGAGGCACGCAUCGCGCACGGGGAGACGGCAUUCAACGAGACACGCGCGACGGCUAACGCCGCCGUGUUUGGAGCCACAUUCGGGCACCCUGACGGUCUGGGGCUUGUACGCGGGAUGAAGAAGUUCGACAAGCCGUUGCGACUGCUCCGGUGGCAGCACGAGCCGCUAUCGAUGGAAGAGGAGGAGCGACUGCGGGAGGAAUACACGGACAGUGACUUCAUCGUCCGGUACCCGCUCAUGGUUGUCCGCACGCUACCCAAGCGCCGCAACUUCCUCAUCCCUUUCCCACCAGAGAGCGUCGACAAGCGCAUCGACCGGCCGGCCGACGAGGUGCCGUUCCUGCUGGACCCAUACCAGACCCUGGUGGAGCUCGCGUCGCCCGAGGAGAUCCAUUACACGCUCCUCCUCCCGUCAAUCCUUCGCUGGCUGCAGAUGGCGCUGACGGUCAACGACAUGUGCCGCGAGCUCUUCGUGGACUCGCCAGUGGCCCAAACCCCACUCUCAUUGCUCACGACGGCGACUACCGCACCGGCAGCCCAGGAGCACUUCAACUACCAACGGCUCGAGACGCUCGGGGACACGGUGCUCAAGUUCGUGGUCAGCCAGCAACUAUAUGCGCAGUACCCCUUCUGGCACGAGGGCUACCUGAGCCGGAAGAAGGACCACACGGUCGCAAACUCGAGCCUCGCGCGCGCCGCGGUGAAGAGCGGGCUGUAUAAGUGGAUCGUCCGGGAUCGCUUCGUGCCGCGCAAGUGGAAGCCGCACUAUAUCUCAGACGCGGAGACCCCGCCGUUGAUCGAACCUGCCGAAACAGCAGAGCAGGUGCCGAUGGAACACGCCGAGGAGAGCAAGGGCAAGAAGAAGAGCAAGAAGAAGGCGGAGGACCUGUCGACGAAGAUGCUCGCGGACGUCGUCGAGUCGCUCAUCGGGGCCGCGUACAAGCACGGCGGGUUCGAUACUGCGAUAGAUUGCGUCGAGAAGUUCGACCUCGGGAUCACGUGGAAGAAGCUCCCGGCGCGGUUGGAGGAGAUGCACAAGGUGGACGACAUUGAGGACAUCCCCGAGCAGCUCGCGCUCGUCGAGCAGAUGAUCGGUUACAAGUUCCACCGCCGGACCUUCCUCGUCCAGGCCCUCACCCACGCGUCCUACCAGGGCGAGUCCGCGGCGAUGUCGCUCGAGCGGCUCGAGUUCCUCGGCGACUCCGCGCUCGAUAUGGUCGUCGUCGACUAUCUCUACCACGCCGCGGGCAAGAACUACUCGCCCGGGUACAUGCACAUCAAGAAGGAGGCGGUCGUCAACUCGCACAUCCUCGCCUACUUCUGUCUCAACACCUCGCUUGCCGUCGAGGCCUCGAUGCCGAUGUGGACGCCGACCGGGGGCCUGACGAGCGUCGACGACACGCAGCGGGUGUACCUCUGGCAGUGCCUCAUGCACUCGUCGCACCGCGUCCUCGAGGACCACAACGUGACCUUCCUCCGGUACCAGAAGCGCGGCGCGGCGAUCGCGCGUGCACUCGAGGAGGACGCGGUGUACCCGUGGGCGGCGCUCACGAGCCUACAGGCGCCCAAGUUCCUGAGCGACAUGGUCGAGAGCCUGCUCGGCGCGGUGUACAUCGACACCCACGGCGACCUCGAUGCCCGGGUCGUGCACGAGGACGUGGACUCGCUACACCCGGUGUCGCGGCUAGGGAUCUGGGCGGCGAAGCAGAAGCCGAGGAAGAAGGUGGAGUACGUGCUCGAGAAGGUGCGCGGCAAAGUGAGCUGCAGCGUGAAGGUCGACGGUGAGGAGGUCAUCCGGGAGGAGACGUCGUACCGCAGCAAGAUCAGCCAGGACGAGGUGCGGUUCCGGGCAGCGGAGCGGGCGAACGCGGUGGUGAACGCGCAGGACAUCACGGUUGACGACGCGUUCCUGAGCGACGACGACGACGACACGUUUGUCGUGCCGGAGAUGGACGUGGUGGAGGACGGCCUUGAAGAGGAUUAG